CCUUCAUGUAAAUAACUAACUGCUGAGGAAGUUCAUUACCGCGACUCACUCUUCUUCGUGGAUCAUGGCUUUAUUCGUAGAGCUCUUUGUCAGUGUCUCGUUGUUUUUCUGCUUUGCUCGUGUGUGCGGUAGUGGCCUCUCUCUGAACGGUAAAUGGGGGCUGCGAAAUUCAAACGGAUCUCUGAAUUUGGGCGCACGGGUCCCCGGAUGUGCGCACACCGCUCUCCAGCAACAAGGGCUCAUCCAGGAACCUUAUUACAGAUUCAAUGAUUUGGUUUAUCAGUGGGUUGCUUUGGAAAACUGGACCUACAGCACUUCCUUUUCUCUCAAUUCUACUUUCAGGGAUAAAAAUAAGUUGCUGCUUAUCUUUGACGGUAUUGAUACAGUAUCCACAAUUUCACUAAAUGGCCUUACUCUGGGAAAUACAGACAACAUGUUUCAAAGAUAUGACUUUUCUGUCAGAGGAAUGCUUAAAGACAAAGACAAUGUGCUUGAAGUGAGUUUGACGUCUCCGGUUCUUUACGCCAAAGAACGGAGGAAGCAGUCAUCCUACAGAGUCCCCCCUGAGUGUCCCCCAAAUGUGCAAAAGGGGCAGUGCCAUGUUAAUUUUAUUAGAAAGGAGCAGUGCUCCUUCAGCUGGGACUGGGGCCCAUCUUUCCCCACGAUGGGACUCUGGAAGGGGGUUCGUCUCGAGGCCUUUGACCAGUUUCUGAUUGUCCAGGUUUCGGCUGUUCCUCUUUAUAAUUCAAGUGUGUCUCAGUGGAUUGUUGAGGUGGAGUUGAUCGUUGAUGCUGUUUACACAGUGGACAAUGUGGAAGUGACUUUGUCCAUACCAGAGCUGCAGUCAGUGGAGACACAUAAGAUCCAGUUUGUAACAGGGAGAAGCAAAGUCAAAUUUACCUUACACAUAAACCCGGAAAGCAAGGUGAAGCUGUGGUGGCCUCGAGGACAUGGAGAACAACCUUUUUACUCGGUUGCCAUUACAGGUUCUCUGAAACAAGAGAAAAUACUGGAUGAAAUAACAAAGGUGUAUUUCCGCAGUGUUGAACUGGUCCAGGGUCCUAUACCCGACAAUCCAGGAUUCAGUUUCUACUUUCGGAUCAAUGAGAAACCGAUUUUUCUCAAAGGCUCCAACUGGAUCCCAGCUCACUCAUUUCAGGACCAAGUCACAGAAAAGAUGUAAGGUUCAUUUUUUACAUAAUUGAUAGUGCAUGGCCAACCCUCCUUGUCAAAGCCUGAUCUCGUUAGAAGCUAAGCAGGGUAGGGCCUGGGUAGUAAUUGGAUGGAGACAGCUGGGAAAAUCAGAUGCCACUGUGGGGCGCCAGUUGCAAAAACAGUCAUAGUGCCAUUAGACAAGGCAUUUCACCCACAUUGCUUAGUAUAAAAGUGUUGUGUGUGUGUGAGUGAGUGAUGUUGAUAGUUGGAGGGGUCAAUUGGUAGCCUCACU